CAGUCGACACCUUACCCAUGCAAAGCAAGCGUAAGGCGGAGUGGUACAUUUUGAACAAUUGCACAGAGGUUGAACCGUAUAUCAAUGAGCACAAGGAGUUGCUUCAAGCAAGGGGUGUAGGCAAUAUUGAGACAGUGCAAGAGACUGAGUUCCCUGAAUGGUUCAAAACUCAAAUUAAUGAACUACGGUUGACCAACCAGGGUGCAGUGUCAGAUGAGUUGUAUGCUAUCGCUAACCCAGCGAAUACAGCAAUUUAUUUUUAUCCAGGGUGCAUAGUGAACGGUAUUAAAUUUUUGGUCAAGGAAAGGGAUGAUAACCGCAAAACACAGAAUAGCGGUGUCAUGGUCCCCGGUGAAGAUGGCCAAAAUUUUUACGGCACACUUGAAAAAAUUAUGGAGUUCACUUAUUUGAAAGAUUGCAGUGUUCUCUUAUUUUUUUGUAAGUGGUUUGACACUAACGGGAGUAGAAUGGAUAGUGACGGUGUUAUUACUAGCAUCUGCGUCAACCGACAGUGGUACCAAAAUGAACCGUUCAUACUUGCAUCUCAAGCAAAAUUGAUCUACUACAUUCCUGAUUUAAAGAACGGUAAAGACUGGCUGAUUGUAAAUGAGUACAUACCGCGCAAUGUUUGGACACGGAUGGGGAGACACCCUUUGUACAGGAAAACAAUUCAGCUGAAACCGAGUUCGUUGUUCAACUUCCACAGUUGGAUGAUGUUGACUAUGUUCGCCAUGAUGUCGACCCAACUGAAGUUGCAAACAUCCAUCGUGUGAAUUCACAGCCUCAACAAUUAGAUGAUUUCAUUGUCGAUGAUGACAACGAGGGUCUAAAUACCGAAGAAGACAACUCCUUAGAAUUAGAGAGUGACAGUGAUGAUAAUGCUGUAUAUGUAACUGAUGAUGAGGAUGAUGAAUUGUAAUUGACAUAGUGUUUUAAAUAAAAUAAAAAUUACAACCCUUCUUCUUUAAUAUGUUUGCAAUAUGUUAGUUUAUUUUAAAUAAACAAUAUGUGUUGUAUAUGUAGUAUGU